AGUUACAAUAAUGGGGAAAUCAGAAAGUCAAAUGGAUAUUGUGGAAAAAUCAACAAAAUCUGGGAAGAAAUCCUGGAGCUUUGUGGCAAUCGGUCUGGCUGUCUUGCUGCUCCUCAUGACUUGUGCAGUGGUCGCCCUGGUGAUCCUGUAUGCCAGCAGCAGAGGCACUCACUAUGGCACCAAUUCAGGCAACAUAUGUACCACACCUGGAUGUGUUACAGCAGCUGCUAGAAUAAUUCAGAAUAUGGACCCAACAGCUGACCCGUGCAAGGAUUUCUACCAGUAUGCCUGUGGGGGCUGGCUGAACCGGCAUGUUAUCCCAGAAACUAGCUCCAGAUACAGCAUUUUUGACAUCCUGAGAGAUGAGCUGGAGAUCAUCCUAAAAGGUGUGCUGGAGACUUCAGAUCGAGGGGACAGAGAAGCAUUUCAGAAAGCUAAAAUACUUUACAAGUCAUGCAUGAAUGAGAGUCUUAUAGAGCAACGAGAUUCAUUGCCUCUGCUAGAGGCCUUAACGAUGGUUGGAGAUUGGCCAGUGGCUUAUGCAGAGUGGAAUAAGACCAAAGAGCCAAAUUGGAGCAUGGAAGAAAAACUCUCCAUAAUGAACUCCAGAUUUAACAAACGUGUCCUCAUUGACAUGUUUGUAUGGAAUGAUGACCGGGAUUCCAGCAGACACAUCAUUUAUAUUGACCAGCCAAGUUUAGGAAUGCCAUCCAGGGAUUACUACUUUAAUGGGGGCAACUAUCAAAAAGUGAGAGAAGCUUACCUGCAGUUCAUGAUCACCAUUGCCAAAAUGAUCCGGGAAGACAAGAACAUGUCUAAAGACGAUUCCUUUGUCCAAGAGGAAAUGGCAAAGGUUAUGGAGCUUGAAACAGAGAUUGCAAAUGCAACUACCCCAGCAGAAGAAAGGCAUGAUGUAACCUUGUUGUACAACAAAAUGACCUUAAAAGAGCUACAGGAAAAGUUUGCAUUGAACGAAUUUAACUGGACCUUCUUCAUCCAAGGUGUCAUGUCUUCAGUAAGUGUUCAGGUUGACCCAGAAGAAGAGGUUGUUGUGUAUGGCAUGCCCUAUUUGCAAGAGCUGAAAGCAAUUAUCUCAAAGUACUCAGCAAGCACUAUCCAGAACUACCUCAUUUGGCGACUGGUGAUUGAUCGAGUCAGCAGCUUGAGUCGACGUUUCAAGGAUGCUCGGGCCAGCUACAGGAAGGCACUUUAUGGGACAACGCUGGAAGAAGCCCGCUGGAGGGAGUGCGUGAGUUAUGUCAACAACAACAUGGAGAACGCAGUGGGAGCAAUGUAUGUCAGAGAGGCAUUUGCUGGUGAGAGCAAGAGGAUGGUCCGAGAUUUAAUAGAUAAGAUUCGUGAAGCAUUCAUCGAGACUUUAGAUGAGUUACAGUGGAUGGAUGAGGCAUCUAAAGAGAAAGCUCGCGAGAAGGCAUUGGCAAUUAAAGAACAAAUUGGCUAUCCAGAUUAUAUUUUGGAAGAUCAGAAUGAAAAACUAGAUCAGGAAUAUGCCAAUUUAAACUUCAGUGAACACAACUACUUUGAAAACAUUCUGGAAAACCUGAGAGCGGGAGCCCAAAAGAGCUUGAAAAAACUUCGAGAGAGAGUUGACCAAGAUAUAUGGAUAAUUGGAGCUGCAGUGGUCAAUGCAUUCUAUUCCCCCAAUCGGAACCAGAUAGUUUUUCCUGCUGGGAUUCUACAGCCCCCCUUCUUCAGCAAACACCAACCACAAGCCCUGAACUUUGGAGGGAUCGGGAUGGUUAUUGGGCAUGAAAUUACUCAUGGUUUUGAUGACAAUGGUAGGAAUUUUGAUAAAGAUGGAAAUAUGUUUGACUGGUGGAGCAAUUUCUCAGCUAUGCAUUUCAGGGAGCAGUCUCGUUGCAUGGUUUAUCAGUAUGGGAACUACACAUGGGAGCUUGCUGGAGGACAAAAUGUCAGUGGAAUAAGCACAUUAGGAGAAAAUAUUGCAGAUAAUGGAGGAGUCCGACAGGCUUAUAAGGCCUACUUAAAAUGGCUGGAACGGGAAGGGAAGGAGCCAAAGUUGCCUGGACUGAAUCUGUCCCACAAACAGCUUUUCUUCCUCAACUUUGCCCAGGUUUGGUGUGGCUCCUACAGACCAGAGUAUGCUAGCCAGUCAAUAAAGACAGAUGUUCACAGCCCUCUGAAAUACAGGGUGAUGGGAUCUUUGCAGAACUUUGAAGCAUUCUCAGAGGUGUUCCACUGUAAAAAAGGCACAGCCAUGCAUCCUGCAGAGAAAUGCAGAGUGUGGUAACCAAAAAGAACACGGGUGAGAAUGAUGCAUACUCUGGUGACACAACAAACAGUUCUUGCCAAUGAUGUGCCUGCUGUUCUCCCAUUCAGUCACAGCCAAGGCUAAUGGUGCAGCUACUGUAGUGAGAAUCAAGGAAACUACAGCACUCGAGCUCUUGCAGUUCCGCUGGGAAGUACACAGGUAUCUCAGUGACUGAUGGGCUGUGCUGAAAGCCUCAGUGUGCUCCAGAACAGAAAUGACUGUUUCAAAUGACAUCCUGACUGUUAUUAAGAUACCGCAUCAGGGUUACAAAGACUAAUUCUUAAAUAAAUAAAAAAACAAAAAAAACAAACAACAAACAACUAUAUAUCUAUUUUUCAGAAAGGAACAAUAAUUUUAAUAUGUCUUACAACUACACCUUCUGACACUCAGCAAACCUGUUUGAGAUGUCUCACUGAACUGUUUUCCAGCGUUCAUGUUUCUGGUGCAUUCUUCCCAAAUUCAGGUUAGAGCUAGUUUAAACUCUUGUGCUGUCUGUAUACUUGCACUUUGAUUACUGCUUUGUUGUAAGAGAUUGCUAUUUGUCUUGAUAUGUUACAAAGUGAGCUGUAUGUUAAGAUGCCUGUCGGCUGCUAACUGAAUUGAAAGCUGCACUCGCCUACUGCACUUGAGUUCCUCUGCUCCAAAGAACAACUGUAACAUGACCUUAAAGUGAGGUAUUACUAGAUAGAAAGAUCACAUUUUUAGGAGUAUAAAUUCUGUUGUUAUGGUUAAAAUUACAGGGUCCCUCCCUUCAGAGAUAUAUUUAAAAUGAUGCUUAUUCUUGUAGAAAGUGUAUAAAAUACUUUUUGCCAAAUAGCAAACAUGUAUCCAUAGAAACAAUUACGCUGUUUUUAAUCCUGUGCCUUUUCAUUUUGCCAUAGGCUAUUUUUCAGUAUUUACACUUAAAAAUGUAACAAGUAUUAAUUUUUAAUUAAAAAAAAUAAAAAUAAAAAUCACGGUAGCCAAUUCAGCAAGCAUUUUACUAUAGAGAGUUUUGGGUGGCUUUCCUCAGUAAGCAUUCUAAUAUAAGGAUAAUAUUUUAAACUGCCAACACUUAAUAGUGAAUUUUAAAUACUCUUCCAGCAAAUGCUUUUCUUUCUAGCACAGAAAUCACUGGAAAGUAAGAUAGCAACUACUAGCGCUUAGCUUACGAAAUGCCAAAUCACACUAUUCAUUUGCUUCACAGAAGAUUUUGUUAAUGCACCGCUAGCAAAAGCUUUGAUUAUCUGAACAACAGGGAAGGAAAUGAAAAUCACUUAACAGAAGCAGCUUUGCCAUUAAGAGAUGACCCACUGAAUUAUUCUGGCCAUUUAGCCAGGUAAAAGCUGGCUAAAUCACUGAAUGAAACCCUCCCGAUUUUUGCAAGAAUUUUACCUGCUAAAGUGAAAUCAGUCUACAGGUAAAUCGCCGCUUUUACUGUAGCUGAGAAUAUAUAGUUCAAUUACGCUUUACUUCUAUCUUAAGAGUAAUCUUGGAAGAUAACUUUGUCAGAGAAUCAGUGCUACCUCAGGGAUUAACCACUCUUCUAUGCCCUUCAAAGUUUGAGAGUUAAGUACAGAAGGGAGAAUAAGUAGUAAGAGGGUUUAGUUACAAGUGUAUUUAUUUAAUCUCUCUUCAAAAGACUAAGAACAGACUGUUCAGCACCCACCAGCAGUUGCCUAUUGCAAACAAAUAUUACACAAAGCAUAGCAUUUGGCUUUCAACGCAGUUAACAGUAAUACAAAAAGUGUUUCACAUCUAAUUCUUUUCUAUGCUGCACCUCGCAUGACUAUAUACACAGACCUCUUCAGGGGAAUGCAACGUGAAUUACAUUUUGGUUUUGUGUUUAUUUCAGCUAUGUCUGUUACCUGAGGAGAACUGCACUUGACCACAUUAAUUCUAACAAAGAUGCCAAUUCAAAGCAGAUUAAGUGGCAGGAAAGGCUAUUUUUUUCAGAUGGGAAUUGUUGGAUUCACAUAUAUAAGUGCCUGAAAACCUUAGGAUUGACCGACACUAAAAAAAACAACAAAAAAAUGGUGACUAGGAGAGUGCACUAACAAGCUCUGAGAGCCCUUUAAAAAAAAAAAGUUCCAAUAUUUGACGCUAGGAUUAAGCUCCCCUUUAAGUGACUUAAAAGCUCUUAAAGGAAGCCUGGAGGUACAGAACCUGACACAUUUGUGUCCUGCUCAUGCCUCCAUACAGUUUAAAGUGCUUCAGGUAUUAAAACUUUUGGUUGUACUGAGACACAUAAUGAGAUGUUUAUUUCCUGUUAGAUAGUCAGAUAAGGUACUGUGUGUUCCUGGUACUUUACCUCAGAGCUGGAUUAGUUUAGAAUACAAAACACACAAAUUCACAGUAGUUUUGCUACACUUAAUGCUUGUCCGUUUUGGUAAGUUCCAGUUCUCUCUGAUACUGAACACCAGAACCUUUUGAAGUCAGACUUAGUAAUGCUACUAAAACACAACAGAAGCAAUUUCAUAUAAUAUCACAGUAAAUCAUCCAUGUGACUCAAAGAUUAACAAAGUGGAUACAAGUUAAAGCUAGUUAGGAGAUAACACAGACUGUAAAACAGAGAUGGACAGUAACUAAUUUAGACAUUAAUCAAGGUUCAACUCAAACUAUGACUAACCAUGAGCUUUCAGCUCCAUCCAGGACUAGAACCGUGUAGUGAGAUUACAGAUGCAGCAGCAGAUUGGUGAGAUUCUGAUGUCCUUAAAAGGCUUCAUGCCAAUUAUAUUAUUUUCUGCCUACCAUCAUUAGAGAAGUAAGAGGCCAAUAUAUCCGCGAUCUGGUGAGAAUUAUGAAGCCUAAGUUCUACAUAACAGCAGUGCUGUAAGAUGUUUGCAACUGGAUGUUGAAGACAAGUCUAAUUAUGUUCUAUUCUGGUUUUUAUUCACUUUAAAAGAGUUUUUGCUCCUGAAUUAACCAAAUGCUCAUGUCCCAUGCCGUGUUAAAACUGACUGUCAUGCAGACUAGGUUUGUAUUUGCUCCUGGAUUGGAUUAUACAUGUAAUAGGCUAGGGACUUUAUUCUUCUAAAUUGCACUUUAUCAAUAAAAAUUGACAUGAUCUACAACCUUCCUUAGUACGAAAUGCUGUCCAAGCUUUGUUCUGGCCAUUAAGUGAGGUUCACCUUUCUCAUCACAUUUAAAACUGAUGUUCACCAUUUGACUACUGUUUCCUAUUGGAAGGAUUUUAAUUUGGUUUAACAUUAAAUGACUGGUUACAAGACAGUCAAGUGCUCUGAUAAAUCAGCUUUUGUUAUUUAAUUAUUUGUGUAUGGUGGCAGGCAAAAUAAACUGUAUUUAACUGCGUUUUGUCCAUCUUCACUUACUCAGAUUUUCCAUGCCAGAUUGCAUGCAUACAGUAAAGCUAAAUUCAUAGUCAGGUAAUAAAAACUGCUUCCCUUGUGUAGCUGGUAUUUUCAUGUGACACUUCCAGUAAGCUAAGUGGGCCAAAGUACGUUUCUUUCCUCUGUCUUCACAUGCCUUUAGAAGCCAAGCGUUUACAGUGCCACGGACUCUCCAAGAGAAGUGUCCUGGCCUGAGGUGCCUUUAGUAUUUGCCUCCUACAUAUCACAGUAAUAGACACCUAUGUUCUCAGCUUGUUCUGAGAAAAAGGAGUUAUCCUAGGACUCCUCAGGGGAGUCCUGCUCUGCUGCGACCAUACAAGUCCUUUUGCAGCUUCUGCUCAGAGAUCCAUCCUAACAGUUACGUCUAGAUUAGCCUGGCAAUCACAGAUUUCGUAACAAGUUCAGGUAGUUUGCCUGCCAUUGUGGAAAUGUUUUUGUUCUAGGGUUGUUAAGAAGAGGGUGACAUUUUAAAUACUACGCUGUUCAAUAGUUUAACUUGUCUAUUAAGUCGCCAGUAACAGUACCUCAGGUUAAACUACAACUGGAAUUCUUCUUUAGGAACAGAAAAAUUAGGUAGCCUGCUUCUUUUAGCAGCAGAAUAUCAGCAAAAAGAAGCAAAUUUGAGGAGGAACUUUUUAAUGUAAAAUCCAAGAGACAACAUAUGAAGGGCAAAAAAAGAAAUAACACAAACUAUUGAUUGCCAAUAUGAACAAUAUCACAAAUUCAAGGAUAGAAUCUGGCAUAGUAUCUUUUACAUAUAACACUCAUUCAUACUUACAGUGGUCCAGCUAUCAUACAAGACUAUGAAUGCAAAAAGGCAAGUUUACCGCAAAUAGAGUAACAGAACAAAGACAGUCUUUGCCAGCUUCAUUUUUGCUUAGAUAUUUCAUGCUCCUGUUUUUUUGUUGUCAGAUGUAGGCCUCUUCAUU